CCCCCCCGCCCGGCGCCAUGCAUUCGCUGGACGAGCCGCUGGACCUCAAGCUGAGCAUCUCCAAAGUGCGGAGCGCCCGAGAGAAACGGGAACGCGGCCCCCCCGGACCACGGCCCCGUGCCGUUCCCCCCUCCGCCGCCGCCCCCCCGCCGGUCGGGGAGAGCCGGGGCUCCGCGCGGGGGGGGCGGCGGGCAGGGCCGGGCCCCGGGCUGUUGGCACACUCCAAAGCGCUGGAGAAGCGCUUCCCGGCCCUCCCCGUCAUGGACCUCAGCCUCUCGCCCCCCCCCGGCGUAGAGUCCCCGGGUGGGGGCAGCGCUUCGCUGUCCCCCGAGCGGCACAGUGACCCCCCCGUGCCCGCCCUCCCCCACGUGAGUACGGCCGAUUUCCAGUCCCUGCGCUACAUCGACGGCAUCCCCGGCUCCUUCCAGUUCUUCCUGCCGCUGGGCGCGGGGGGGGCUCUGCACCUGCCCUCCUUCCUGCCCCCCCCCAAGGACAAACGCCUUUCCCCGGAGCUGCCCCUCCCCAAGCAGCUCGUCUGCCGCUGGUCCAAGUGCAACCAAUUCUUCGACCUCCUGCAAGACCUCGUGGACCACGUCAAUGACUUCCACGUCAAACCCGAGAAGGACGCGGGGUACUGCUGCCACUGGGAGGGCUGCGCCCGCCAUGGCCGCGGCUUCAACGCCAGGUACAAGAUGCUGAUCCACAUCCGGACGCACACCAACGAGAAGCCGCACCGCUGCCCCACCUGCAACAAGAGCUUCUCUCGCCUGGAGAACCUGAAGAUCCACAACCGCUCGCACACCGGCGAGAAGCCCUACAUCUGCCCCUACGAAGGCUGCAACAAACGCUACUCCAACUCCAGCGACCGCUUCAAGCACACCCGCACGCACUACGUGGAGAAGCCCUACUACUGCAAGAUGCCGGGCUGCCACAAGCGCUACACGGACCCCAGCUCGCUCCGCAAGCACAUCAAAGCCCACGGGCACUUCGUGUCCCACGAGCACCACGAGAUGCUGAAGGCCCACGCGCCCCCCAAGGGCUCUGCGGACGCACCCUACGCCAACGGGGCGCAGCUCCUCCUGCCCAACCCCGCCGCCCUCUUUGCCCCCCACGCGCUGCCCGCUCUGCCCCUCCCGCUGGCUCCGGCCCCCCUCGACCUGAGCGCUCUGGGCUGUGGGGCCGGGGGUUCGCUGCCCGCCCUGCCCGGCCCCGCGCUGCCCCUCAACGGCCCGCUGAACUUGGCCAAGGGUCCGCUGCUGCCGUCGCCCUUCGCGGCCGGCGGCCUGGGGCUGCCCGUCAUGUCGCUGCUGGCCGGCGGGGCGAAGGCUGAGGCCGACGAGGCCGAGGGGCGGAAGGGCGGCAAGGAGGGCCGCAAGGCGGGCGGCCGACGGACGGAGCCGGGCCGCCUGAGGGUCCCCCCCGAGAGCCUGGCGCUGCUGCCGGGGGCCGUGCUCGACCUCUCGACGGGGGUGGGUGCGGCAGGCAGCCCCCCCGAGGCGCUGCCGCCCGGCUGGGUGGUCAUCCCGCCCGGCUCCCUGCUGCUCAAGCCGGCCGUGGUGAAUUGA